AUGGCGACCCAGCAGGAUAAGUCGUUUAUGGGGAUGCCCGGCUUCGUCGUGGACUUCAUGAUGGGCGGUGUCUCCGCUGCCGUCUCCAAGACCGCCGCUGCUCCCAUCGAGCGUAUCAAGCUCCUUAUCCAGAACCAGGAUGAGAUGUUGAAGACUGGCCGUCUUGACCGCAAAUACAAUGGCAUCGUCGACUGCUUCCGCCGCACUGCACAGUCUGAGGGUGUCGUCUCCUUGUGGAGAGGUAACACUGCCAACGUCAUCCGUUAUUUCCCUACUCAGGCCCUCAACUUUGCCUUCCGUGAUACCUACAAGGCCAUGUUCGCCUUCAAGAAAGAGCGUGAUGGCUACGCCAAGUGGAUGAUGGGUAACCUUGCCUCCGGUGGUGCUGCCGGUGCCACUUCCCUCCUCUUCGUCUACUCUCUUGACUAUGCCCGUACUCGUCUUGCCAACGACGCUAAGUCGGCCAAGAAGGGCGGUGGUGAUCGUCAGUUCAACGGUUUGGUUGAUGUCUACAAGAAGACUCUUGCUUCUGAUGGUAUCGCUGGUCUCUACCGUGGUUUCGGUCCCUCCGUUCUUGGUAUCGUCGUCUACCGUGGUCUGUACUUCGGUAUGUACGACUCCAUUAAGCCUGUCCUCCUCGUCGGUCCUCUUGAAGGCAACUUCCUCGCUUCCUUCCUCCUCGGCUGGACUGUCACUACUGGUGCUGGUAUUGCUUCUUAUCCUCUUGACACCAUCCGUCGUCGUAUGAUGAUGACUUCUGGUGAGGCCGUUAAGUACUCUUCCUCUUUGGAUGCUGCCCGUCAAAUCGCCGCCAAGGAAGGUGUCCGCUCCUUCUUCAAGGGUGCUGGUGCUAACAUCCUCCGUGGUGUUGCUGGUGCUGGUGUGCUCUCCAUCUACGACCAGGUUCAGCUUCUCUUGUUCGGCAAGGCCUUCAAGGGUGGCUCUGGUUAA